AUGGGCCUGUCACGCUGGACCGGCCAGCAGCUUUUUCGAGCUUUGCAAGAGCACUUUCGGCCAGGCACCUAUGACCUGAUACGGAAGAACUGCAACAGCUUCAGCGACUGUGCGUUGCACUUCUUGCUGAGAAAGAGACUGCCUUCUAAGUACUCUGCCAUGGAGUCAAUGGGGCAGCGGACGAGCCUGGACCUCAUCCAUCAUUUCACGAAUGGCGCAUACCAGCCGAAUCAGGCUGCUGCCAACUUCAGCACCGACGCAAUCAUACAGCAGCUGGACAGGCUUGAUCCUCGAACUCUUGCAGCUGGCUCUACAGCUGGUACCGGCAAGAAUGCUCUGAGGAUAGGCGCCCCCGUCGCGGUUUGCGGCCUCAAAAACGCAGAGCACCUCAAUGGCCUCACUGGGAGGAUUGUCGGCUACAACUCAGUGAACGGACGCUGGGAGGCACAGCUCAGCAAUGGUGACACAAAAGCUCUCCGUGCCGAAAACCUCCGACCGGAAGGAGAACGAGUCUACCUUCCGGGUGACAAAUGCAGGAUUCACAGCCUCCAAAGCGAUGCUGGCAAGAUACUCAAUGGCCGCGUUGGUGAAGUCAACCGCUACAUCCAUGACGUUUCCAGGUACGAAGUGCUCGUGGAUGGUGUGUCCAAGUCAAUCAAGUCGGAGAACUUGCAAAGCGUUUGA